UUCCCGGGGAGAGAGAGCGAUAAGAGAGAAACGAGAGCCGCAGAAGGGAACACGGAAACACGUUAGGAGCGGUUACCGAGCAAGGUGUAUUGGUAACUACGAAAGAUACUGACUCCGUAGACCCGUUUCACAACCCCAAAUAUUGGGUGCACACGUUUUUUUUUUAUUUUAUAGUGGUCGGACCGGACGUCUUUAUUGCGGACAAAAGGAUUUUUUUCCUCGUAGAAUACCAUUCAGGAUUGAGAAUGUCGGGGACCAGGGAGGAAGAACGGCGGAAACUAGCCGACAUCAUUAACCACUGGAACGCCAACCGGCUCGACCUGUUCGAGAUCAGCCAGCCCACUGAGGACCUGGAGUUCCACGGCGUCAUGCGCUUCUACUUCCAGGACCGCAUGGCGGGGAACUUCGCCACCAAGUGCAUCCGCGUGUCCAGCACCGCCACCACACAGGACGUCAUCGAGACCCUCGCCGAGAAGUUCCGGCCCGACAUGAGGAUGCUGUCCUCGCCCAAGUACUCCCUGUACGAGGUGCACGUCAGCGGGGAACGCAAGCUGGACCUGGACGAGAAGCCGCUGGUGGUGCAGCUGAACUGGAACAAGGACGACCGGGAGGGCCGCUUCGUGCUGAAGAACGAGAACGACAUCGUACCCAAGAAGAUCCAGAGCAACGGGCCCGAGAAACAGGAGAAGGAGGGCGUGAUCCAGAACUUCAAGAGGACCCUCUCCAAGAAGGAGAAGAAGAAGGAGAAGAAGAGGGAGAAGGAGGCCUCCGCCCGCAUACCCGACGGAGACGAGCAGACGCUGGGCAGAGAGGACGGGGAGAACUCACGGCUGGCAGCGGAGGUGUACAAGGACAUGCCCGAGACCAGCUUCACGCGCACCAUCUCCAACCCGGAGGUGGUGAUGAAGAGGAGGAGGCAGCAGAAGCUGGAGAAGAGGAUGCAGGAGUUCCGCAGCAACGACGGGCGGCCCGACUCGGGAGGGACACUGAGGAUUUAUGCCGACAGCCUGAAACCCAACAUCCCCUACAAAACCAUCCUGCUCUCCACCACCGACAUGGCCGACUUUGCCGUGGGAGAGGCCCUGGAGAAGUACGGUCUGGAGAAGGAGAACCCCCGGGACUACUGCAUAGCCAGGGUGGUGCUGCCCCCAGGGUCCCAGCAGUCCGAUGACAAGGCGGGGAAGGAGACCAUCCUGGAAGACACAGAGUGCCCCCUGCAGAUCUUCAGAGACUGGCCCAGCGAUAAAGGGGCCCUCGUGUUUCAGCUGAAGAAGCGGCCCCCAGACUACGUCCCAAAGAAAGGCCGCAAGCCUGAGGACCGGGGCUCCCGGGGAAAGUCCUUGGAGGGCAUCCUGCCCCCGGAGAAAAUGCCCUACCUGGUGGAGCUCAGCCCAGGGAGGGGGAAUCACUGUGCCUACUACGCCUAUCGGCCCCACGAAGACGGUUCAGACUCCCGGGACAAACCAAAGCUGUACCGGCUCCAGCACAGCAUCACAGAGGUGGGCUCGGACACCACGGACGAAGGCUCCAUACAGCUGUUCGGGCCGGGGAUCCUCCCGCACCACUGCGACCUGAUGCAGGCGGACGGCGUGGUGACGGUGACGCCGGCGAGCUACGAGGCCGAGACCUUCGUGGACGGCCAGCGCGUGUCGGACACCACCGCCCUGCGCAGCGGCUCCACGCUGCAGUUCGGCGCCUCCCACGUCUUCAAGUUCGUGGACCCCACCUACGACCACGGCUUGGCCAAGAGGGGCGUGGAGGGGGGCCCCAUGGUCAAGGGCCGCCACAAAUCAGGGAACAUCCCUGAGACGACCUUCGACCUUCACGGUGACAUCCACAGUGGGUCUGCUCUCCCCACAAGCAAGAGCUCAGGGAAGCUGGAAAUGGAACGCUCAGGUAACCCCAGCGAGAGAGGCAUGGUGAAGCCCAUGAUCCGAGGAGAGCAGCAGGAUGGAAGGUCCCAGGAAAGCCUGAGCCCCGAACUGACGCUGCCGGCCAGCAUCGAGUUCCGGGAGAACUCUGAAGAUGCCUUCCUGUCCGCCAUCAUCAACUACACCAACAGCUCCACGGUGCACUUUAAGCUGUCCCCCACCUACGUCCUGUACAUGACCUGCCGCUACGUGCUCUCCAGCCACUACCGGCCGGACAUGAGCCCCUCCGAGCGCACGCACAAGGUCUUUGCCAUCGUCAACAAGAUGGUGAGCAUGAUGGAAGGAGUCAUCCAGGAGACUGCGGAAGGUGACCAGAAGCAGAAGAACAUCGCUGGGGCUCUGGCCUUCUGGAUGGCCAACGCCUCGGAGCUGCUCAACUUCAUCAAGCAGGACCGGGACCUGAGCCGCCUCACACUGGACGCUCAGGAUGUGCAGGCCCACCUGGUGCAGCUGGCCUUCAAGUUCCUGGUGCACUGCCUGCAGUCGGACCUGAAUAACUACAUGCCCGCCUUCCUGGACGACCCGGAGGAGCAGAACCCCCAGAGGCCCAAAAUAGAGGACGUUCUGCACACGCUCACCGGUGCCAUGUCCCUGCUGCGCCGUUGCCGGGUGAACGCGGCGCUCACCAUCCAGCUGUUCUCCCAGCUCUUCCACUUCAUCAACAUGUGGCUGUUCAACAAGCUGGUGACGGAGGCCGACUCCGGCCUGUGCUCUCACUACUGGGGAGCCAUCUUGCGCCAGCAGCUCAGCCACAUCGAGGCCUGGGCCGAGAAACAGGGCCUGGAGCUGGCCGCUGACUGCCACCUGAGCCGCAUCGUACAGGCAACAACCCUGCUGACCAUGGACAAGUACUCCAUGCAGGACGUCCCGAACAUCAACAACACUUGCUUCAAGCUCAACUCCCUGCAGCUCCACGCGCUGAUGGCCAACUACCACUGCGCCCCUGACGAGCCUUACAUUCCCCCCGAGCUGAUAGAGCACGUGGUGGCGGUGGCGGAGAACACGGCGGAUGAGCUGGCGCGCAGCGACGGGCGGGAGGUGCAGCUGGAGGAGGACCCCGACCUGCAGCUGCCCUUCCUGCUGCCCGAGGUCGGCUACUCCUGCGACGUGGUGCGCAACAUUCCCAAACGGCUUCCAGGAGUUCCUGGACCCCGCUGCUGCCAGAGAAACUUCUGCAGGCUGAUCCCGCACCCCCGCUCGCCCGGCACCUGGACCGUCUACUUCGAAGGAGCCGACUGCGACAAUCACUUCUCGGCAGACAGCGUGGAUCUGCCGAUGCGGAAGGAGCCGGAAGUGGUGACGGUCACGCUGAAGAAGCACAACGGCAUGGGUCUCAGCAUCGUGGCCGCCAAGGGUGCUGGCCAGGACAAGCUUGGGAUAUACAUCAAGUCUGUGGUGAAGGGCGGGGCUGCCGAUAUGGACGGACGACUUGCGGCUGGGGACCAGCUGCUGAGUGUGGACGGGCGUAGUCUGGUUGGACUCUCACAAGAGAGGGCUGCAGAGUUAAUGACCAGGACGGGCUCUGUUGUGACGCUCGAGGUGGCCAAGCAAGGCGCCAUUUACCACGGUCUGGCCACACUUCUGAACCAGCCAUCUCCCAUGAUGCAGCGGGCGUCGGACCGCGGGCGAGACAAGGGCAAAGCCAGACCAAAGAGCGAGGGCUUCGAGCUCUACAACAACUCGGUGCAGAACGGCUCCCCAGAGAGCCCUCAGGGGGCGUGGGACGCCUACCCCGAACCAAAGAAGAUGAGCGGAGAGGACCGCCUGCUCAAGAACAGGGUGGACCACCGCUCCAGCCCUAACGUCGCCAACCAGGCACAGAGUCCAGGAGGAAAGGCCGUUUACCCAGGAGGACCUACGACCAAGAUCACCUCCGUCUCCACGGGCAACCUCUGCGCCGAUGAGGAGCCGUCCCCUCCCCAUCCAGAGGCGUACCCCAUUCCCACGCAGACCUACACCAGGGAGUACUUCACCUUCCCCGCCUCCAAAUCUCAGGACCGGAUGGGGCCCGGCCCGGCCCCCGGGGAGCCCUGGCACGACUCCGAGGACAGGCCCCCGGACGACCUUCCCUCCGGCGACAUGGUCCUACCGGAUGAGCUGUUGGACGAGCGGGUGGCGUACACCCCGGACCGCCUCCGGCCAGAGGACCUGCUGCUCCUGCAGCAGCGGGAGGCCGAGUACCAGAGGGAGCGGGGCAGCGGGGAGCACUGGAACCACCAGGUCUCCUCCUCCGUGGAGUCCAGCACCUCCAGCCAGGAGCACCUCAACUACUCCUCCUCCUCCUCCUCCAAGGGCAACCACAAGAGCGGGCCCGGCCGCUGGAAGACCCCCCUGUCCCCUCACUCCGGCCCGGGGCCCGCCCCCGGCCCCGCCCGCACCGACCUGCCCCCGCCGCCCCCUCCCCCGCCCCCCGUGCACUACGCCGCCGACUUCGAGGCCCAGCCGGAGCUGCCCCUCCCGCCCCCGCCCGCCGUCGCCCAGCAACAGGCCGCCGCCACGGCCGACCGCAAGAAGCGCGAGGAGCAGCAGCGCUGGUACGAGAAGGAGAAGGCGCGGCUGGAGGAGGAGCGCGACCGGAAGAGGAGGGAGCAGGAGCGCAAGAUGGGCCAGAUCCGCAUCCCCGCCGCGCCCAACAACCAGCACGGCCCCCUCCCUCCUCCGCCCCAGCCCCAGCCCAUGGGCGGCCCUCCCCAGCCCCCCGCCCAGAUCCCCCAGGCCUACCUGCCCCCCCAGCCGGGGCCCCAGGCCCCGCAGCAGCAGCCCCCCAGGCCCGAGAAGCUGGCCAGCCUCCCCCGCCAGGCGGCGCCGCCCCACGACACGGUGAUCCGCGAGCUCCUGCCCCAGCAGCAGCCCCGCACCAUCGAGCGGCGCGACCUGCAGUACAUCACCAUCAGCAAGGAGGAGCUGUCGUCCGGGGACAGCCUGUCGCCCGACCCCUGGAAGCGCGACGCCCGGGAGAAGCUGGAGAAGCAGCAGCAGCUGCACAUCGUGGACCUGCUGGACCGCGAGAUCCAGGAGCUGCAGGCCAAGCCGGAGCGCACGGCCGAGGAGAGCGACCGUCUGCGCAAGCUCAUGCUGGAGUGGCAGUUCCAGAAGAGGCUGCAGGAGUCCAAGCAGAGCGACGACGACGAGGAGGAGGAGGACGACGAGGACGUGGACACCGUCAUGAUCAUGCAGCGGCUGGAGGCCGAGAAGAGGGCACGGCUCCAGGACGAGGAGCGCCGGCGCAAACAGCAGCUGGAGGAGAUCCGCAAGAGGGAGGCAGAGGAGCGGGCCAAGCAGGAGGAAGAGCGCCGUCGCAGGGAGGAGGAGAGGGCCCGGCGCGAGGCCGAGGAGAAGAGGAGGCAGGAGGAGGAGUACUACACGCGCCUGGAGGCUGGGAGGCGCCGGCAGCACGAGGAGGCCGAGCGCCGGCUGCUGACGCCCGACGAACCCGGUCUGUACAGACCGCCCCUCCCGCGGGACUACCAGCUGCCCCCUCCUCCCUCUCCUCCCGCACCCCCCGCCACUAACGCCCCUCCACCCCCGCCUCAGAGAAACACCUCGUACCUCAAAACCCAGGUCGUCUCCCCCGACACCUUGUACACCGCCAAGUUUGUCUCGUACAAUGAUGACGAGGAGGAGGAGGACGCAGGCCUAGCAGGAUUUAAUACGUACACUGGAAACACAGCAGGAGUUGUAGGAUCGAACGAAGUUUACAAGGACCCGCGAGAGAAAUGGACUAAAAGCGGUCAAGAGCAGGAUAACACACUAACUGGAGGAGCCCCAGAAAGUCUCACCUUCAGGGAACGCCAGCGGCUCUUCUCCCAGGGGAAGGAAGUGUCCAAUAAGGUCAAGGCCUCACGAAAACUAAUGGAACUGGAGAACGAACUCAACACUAAAUAGUAGACUGGAGCCUGAGCAGAUGGCAAUGCCAAGCCUUGACCGAGCGUGGAAAAGCGAGAGCUAGUUCUCAAGUUCCCGCCCAUUCUCUUACCGUUUUAUGUUUUAAUGAAUAACUGGACCUUUAGACGAUUAGAUGUUUGCAAUAGGAGCAGGGGCGGAGCUAAGGGGGUAUAACGGAGAAAGCUUUCCCGGGAGUAGUGUGUCCAGGGGGCCCCGAGAGGCGGAUGAUUUCUUUUAUUUUUUUUAUAUAUAAAUAAAAAUUUAAAAAAUACAUCUAUAUAUAUUGGGCAUUCAUUUCUAAUAAUGACCUAUUAUGCAGAGUUUGCUUCUUGAGGACGUGGAUAUGUGGUGUUACCUUUUACUAACGAUGUCAGGUUCGCUCAACGUUUGUCAUUUUGAAUGAGGAGUAGCCUAACGUUAACAUUAGGACGCGCUGCCAUAGCCAUCAGCAAAGUAAAAUGUCCGAAAUUAGGUUGUGAGACACGAAGACAAAAAAGCCGAUAACAUUAAGAACAAAGCCUACAAAUUACUGACCAACUUUGUUUUCCCCCCGUCAUGAGAAGUUAGGCUAAUCGCGACUAACGUUAACGUCAGGGAGGAGGCUAGCAAGGUUGCUACUGUUCGCAUGAAGAAUGUUACUGAUAAACAGACAGAGGGGCGAGAGAUGCAAGUUCUGCUAUUUCAGAGAAGUCCAAUCAACCCCUGCGAUCACUGCAGAAAAUAUGUCGUCAGCGAAAAAGACCCACGUGACAGUGGCGCCUCGAGCACUUUGACCCAGGGCGUUGGCCAAAAAAGAUGGACAAAAAACUGUUAGCCCAAGAAAGCGAAGACAUUCCUUCUCAUACAAAAAAUGUGGCACUAAAGAUGGUCUUAAAGUCUCUGCCAUAAAAUUCCAGAAAAUGUGCUGUUUUAAGUGGAGAAAGGUUUCGUUUCAUUUAUUUUAUAUCUAGAAAUCGGUAAUAAUCACAGUGGGCUUACUAGAGGUAGUUUGUCAUUGUGACAGAAUUCCAAACGAUUAUUUAGAGCUGGUGCAAAAGUAAACUUAAAAAGAAAAGGAGAAAAGCGAUGCCUGUGCAUUAUCUCUCUGCUAGAAUUAAGAACAAAAUCAUUGCACCCACUUGUAGCUGCUUGAGACCACUAAUACAAAACUGGAAGCUCUUGCCCCUCCCUCAGCCUAGUACACUUGGGUGACCGGCCUACCGAGUUGCUCGCUGUGUGAACGUGGGGUUAAGCAUUAUCUAUUUGUGAUGAGUUUGCACUUCUGUAAUUCAAAGAGUUGAGCGUAGAUGACGUCAGGGCAUCAAAGAAAAACUGGUCACCAAAUCCAGCAAUGAUCUUUCAGAUAACUUGUAGAUAUGAGUUUUGCAUCUCAAGAAGAUAUACAGCGCCCACUAACAAUAAACUCUCUUCAGCUACUCAAUGCUAUGCGUCGAUAGUGAAUAUGUGUUACGCAUAUUUUGUACACUGCCAGUCACGGUUACAGCAUUCAGUAAAUUUAAUUUUAAAAUAAUUUAUCACAUUUAAAGUGAGUCGGGCGAGACUGAAUGGCCUUAAUUCUUUCAAUGGAAUGCGAACCGUCUGAUAAAAUUGACUUUAAAGAUAUUAUUACGGACUUUGCAGCAAGGACGAGGAGUCGGAUGCUACUUUGAGAGACAGGGCAGAGAAAGACCACCGCAGUGAGGUAGGGCUGUUUGUUUAUCAGAGCUGACGUGUAUGUGUGUGCGUGCGUGCGUGCGAGGAGGCUUUCUCAUUCUUUACCCUGGACAAGUAAUUUCGAGAGCUGUCCCUGAAUAGGAGAGACGAUCUUUACUUUCCUUCAGAACUAUCAAAGAUGUAUUAUGAUGAUAAAGCACUGUAAAAAUGUUUUAGAUGUGUAAGGCAAUUUUGAAAUCACGUGAAGGGGGGGGGGGGGGUAUAUAUUUUUGUUUUUAAAAUGGUUCUUGGGUUAAGAGUUUUCGUUUUGUUUUUGUUUGGUUUUUUUUGUUUUUUUUCCUCCCCUAAUAGCUUACAGGAAUAUUUAGAUAUUUUCUGAUUUUGCUGCAUUACUCAUUUCCACGCAAUUUUUAUUUUUACAGUUACUAUAUUAACGGCCGAGUCAACAACCUGUUAAGAGAAAGAGGGGUUCCACUGUACAUUCUACUCCCCACUACACACAACCCCUCAUGCCGCUGGCUGCAUUGAGACAUCACUCCUGAUGAAUCAAAUCUCACCUCCACUUACUGCGUUCCACCUGUUUGUACACAUGCACUGUAAAUAUCUCACGUUUUCCCGGAAUACUCACCUGUUAUCGGAGUUCUUGCACAGCGUCCAAGCAGGGCAGUUAUACAGUAUGCGUUGAAUUUACAGAUAUUUCUUUCACAUUAGGAUAUACAGAACCUGCAUUUUUAAAAAAUCCUCAGUGCUUUUUUUAUUUGAAUUUUUUUAAAUGAACCUAUUCCACAUUUUCUGAGUUGUGUGUCCGAAUGGAGCAGUACAGUACACUGCUUGCAUAAGGAGAGGGGUAGGUGAUAACAAGGAUAUAUAACGCUAAUCGCAUCAUACAAAUGUGUAAAAAUGUCAUUGCACAGCUGAUAUUUAUUUGAACCUUGUUUUUGUUACACUGGUUUUGUUUUUCCCCCACUAAAAAAUGUGUGACAUUGUGUUGAAAAUAGAUUGAACUGACUAUUUCAUUUAAUAGCAAACUUGAUUGCUGUUUUGUUUUUUUAAAUAAGCCAUGAUUGUGGCAAAAGCCUGUUCUUAUUCUAGUCCCUUCCUUACCUUGCUUGGUUGUCAGUUUCCCCACAGACAGUGUACACCAGUGUAGCUUUUCAGUCUUAAACUGAUUUUUUCCAUUCAACAAAAUGAGGCUUUGAAACUCAAUAUUCUGUGUAAAUACUUUUCAGAAGAAUAAGGACCAGACUUUACUAUGUAAAUUUGAAUUAUGCUUAAGGUAUCAGUGUCCAUAGCGGCCUCCUUCUGCUCCGACAAUAUUAACUGACAGAUGUAUUCACAUCCAUGUGUUUUCCAUUUUAGGUAAGACAAAAUUUAUUUGAUUCACUUUAAUGGUUGUUUCAUGUUAGGCUUUUGUAAAUCAUAAAUAAAUACAGAUUUUACAAAAAUGCUGGAAUUGUCUGUACAAUUUGUAUAGAAGUAUUUAAGAUGCUGUAUUUUACAUAGAUGUGAAAAUUAGUCACUUUAAGCAGGAUUGCUUAAUAGCAAAUGAGUGUUUAGCACAAGCUGGUCAUUUUGUAGGUCGGAGUACACUUGACCUUUUGUGACCUAAGGUGAGAAGGCAUUGCCUUCGAGCUGGUUUGUUCUGUGGUAGAAUGAGAUUGGUUUGAUUUCCAGUUAAGCAAGUUAUACUUUUGUUUGAAUAAAUAGCUUUGUUGUUUUUACUGCAGUACAUUUAACUGUUUUGCACUAUGAUGUGCACACGCCAGGUGAUGCUCUUUCGGUAAAGCAGUGGUUGCGUUGCGGCCAUCGAUCAGCCCAGAAUAUAGGAAACGUAAAUCCAGGCACCAAUAUGAUGGCAAGGCUAAGAAUGAAUAUUACUCCCCCUUGUAAAAGUGAAUGUCAGUACUUGCACUGUAUGGACUUGCUACACUUACUACACUACUAUUUAUUGCAUGGAGUGGAUAGACAUUCGUUGCCUUAGGGGGAAGAAACUGAUGGGCGGAAUAACUCAAUGAAAUGAAACAAAUGUGUGUAUUCAGACUGGCGUGUAAAAUAUAUAAAUAUAUAUUUUUGCUAUUUUACUUUUCAAACCGGAUGGUCGUUAUUGGAAAAAGAUGUGGGAAGCUCCUUGGCUGUGGAUGUUUCCAGUAUUUGAGUGGGUGAGACUGAGCUUGACACACAGUGGAUGGCUUUGGGGUGCCACAAUAAAGCACAACUUCAGUCUCCGGCCAGGGGAACCAGACCAGUGGUGUUGUGCAUUUACACCAUGGCUAUGUUCUUGUCUUGUCAAACACUUCCACAUGCAAAAAAAUAUAUAUAUAUAAACUAGCUACUUUUUUAAAUUUUAUUUCAGAGAUGAAUACAUGUUCAUAUUAAUGUGAAAGGAGUUAGGAGAGUGUGUCUGGGUUUUGAAAGAAUGCCAGGGUUCUUGUAGUAUUAGCUCUCUGGCCCUUUUUUUUUUUUUAAUGGUGUGUUACUCGUUGCUGGAGAGCACUGAAACUGCUGUAGCUCAUUUCUACUGUACUUCACCUGCAACCUAUUUUUAAAUAAAAUCUUUAACAUUGA